AUGUAUUUGAGUGUUCUACGGGAUAUUGGUGCAGAUAAACUUAAAAAAGUUAUUGAAGCAAGUGGUUCUAGUAUUAAGGAUGAAUUAAAAACUGAUAUCGAAAGGAUUACUAAAUAUAUUUCAGAUAUUGAAUAUAAAAUUGGCGAAAAAUUAACAAUUAAAGAAAUGAAUGAUUAUAUAUUUGGAGAUGAAAAUAAAGCUAUUGAAUAUGAAAACAAAAGAGCUAUUCAUAGUUUAAAUACUCUAAACGAGAAACCUAGCGAGAAGAAAAAAUUCCCUGAUUAUACAAUUAUCUUUAAGUUUAUGAAAGAGGUAUUUCCUCUAAAAAGCGGUACCACUACUUAUGAGUUAGAAGAUAAAUCUUACCUCAAUGACCCUAAUGAUGAUAAUUUUUUAAAACCAACUGGAUAUUCUUUUAAUCCUAGAAAAGGUUCGCUCACCGAUAAGGAAAAUGCUAUCCUUGAUGAUCAGGAUGAAAUUACAGGUUCGGAGGCGGUUUAUUUAAGAGAAAAUGAAUAUAUUAAAUAUUGCAGAACUAUGCAACAACUAUUUUUAGCAAUGAAAAUUUCUUCUGAUAUUCAUGAUUAUGAUGAACAUUUGAUGAACAUUUGUAAGGAAGUCUCACAAGGAAGAAUUGUUUUUCCUGAUAGAAAUACUGGUAAGUGGGAAGAUUAUGCUUCAACUAAACUUUUCAAAACAUCAAGUUCAGAUUUAAGAACUGCUCAACACCGUGUUGAUUCUCUAACAACUAAGGUUAAUGACUUAGAAAUAGAUAUUACUUCCCUUACUAUGGAAAAUAAAGACCUAGAAGCAGAAAAAAAACUUCUUGAAGGGGAAACCGAACAAAUGUUAGGGUACCUUGACACUAUUAAAACCGAGAUGAACGAUGACACGGCAUUCGAGACAGAAUUUAAAACUAAAAAAGAGGCAAUA